AUGGCGACCUCUGCCUUCAAAUCCACCACCAGGAGAGGCGGAGCUGAAUCCAGAGCCCCACAAUCCACAGCAACCAAACGACGAUCCCAUAGCGUCAGCGCCGUUUCCCGGGCAUCCCACGGCCGUCAACUCGAUAGAAGCAGUUCGAUUUCUGAUUUUGCCUAUAAAAGAGAUAACCCUCUCUUCUCUCCGGAUAACGAAAUAGAAAACGACAAGGGAAAAAAUGGAAAUAGUGGUGAAAUUGCUUCUAGUAAUAGUAAUUUUUCAGUGUAUUCUUCGAAUGCGAUUAAUGGGAGUAGUAUUGUUAGUGAACAAAGAGGGCGUUCGGUGACGAGAAAUUCUCAUGAUGGCGGUGGUGUUAAGAAUGGGAUCGGUCGCAGCCUAUCGCGAGUACGAGGUCGUUCUGUCUCCAGAGGUCACUAUGGAGGAGGAGUUUCCGAGAGUGCAAAGGCACGGGAUAUGGAUACAUGGAUGGAUGCUCGAAACAGAAAUGUGAAAAGACAGACUAGUAACAAUGUGAAGAAAACUAAUUCAGUUAGAAGUGAGGGUGAUGCACGGGGUCAUGUCAAGAAUGCACGGCUAACUAUGAUCCAGAAUCAAGCUAUUGAUUGGUUGGAAGAUGAUUCUGCUUGUAGUUUGCAAAUUCCAAAUGUGGAUGAUGGAAUUUCAACAGGUUCUUUGUCAGAAGCAGAAGAGAAACUGGCUUUUCAAGGGAAUAAUACCAGCACUAUCACUGCUAUAAAUGUUGCCGAUGUGCCUCCAGACUUAGUAAACCCUGGUGAUAUUGAAUUGAUCUUGGACAUCAGAGAAGAAUACGCCUCAAAACUUGAAGAGUCUGAAGAACGGGCAAGAAAACUUCGAGCAGAUCUUGCUAUUGAAGAGCACCGUGGGCAAGAGCUGGGUAGAAUUCUUAAAGAGAUAAUUCCUGAUCCAAAAACUUCUAGUGCUCAGAGAUCUCGCCGAGGAAGAAGAACAAGCAGUGAACGAAAACGGAUGUCAAAACGUCUUACUGAAGAAGCCUUGGCAUAUUUUGAUGAAUGUGUGUCCUUAUCAACUUUUGAUAGCUCUGACUUCUCAGCAUCAGAAGACCCAUCUUACACCUCAUUUGGAGUUAUUACCCCCAUUGGUGAUGCUUUAUCUUUACAAAAAAGUAAUCUAAGCCCCUUGUCCUUGAAUGACCAUGGCAGUAGCCUCCACCAAAAACAGCCCCUGCAAAGCUUCGAGAACUCUGCUUUAACAGCCCACAGUAGCAGUGAUGAGCCAAGAAACAGUCAAGAAUACCGGUUCUCUUUUGCUCAUAAACAAUUAGAAAGUGAUGGAACUCAUCAAGAUAUCAAAAGUUACAUUGAACAUUUUGGGGGAGAGAUUUAUAAGGAUAUCGACUCAGAGGUUAAAGAAUCAUACUAUGAUGCUGGUGAGUACAAUUUACAAGGCCACAUUGAGAGCGUGUAUACACUGUCCCAGAAGAAAUCAUCCAGAAUAGAGUCCGGGAGUUUGCUUUUAUGUGGUGGUGCACUCUCGUCUUCCUCAUUUGCUCCGGUUAUCUAA